GGACCUUGUCGGUACCACCAGAAUACCCAGAAUCACACUGACGAGGCCACCGGAAAAUGCGUGCAUCUCGUCACUCUCAUGCAUUUUUACCAUGGAAUCGCGGCACGCAUGGCGCAUCUGUACGGCACUCCUCGGCACUCCUCACUCGCUGGCCCUGUUGCGUACCAGUCGUCCAGUGCCACCUUGUUGCUGUGCCUCCUCGCCUCAGUUACAUGCCGUGAGGCCGGCCAUGACAGAUGCAGCUUCACUUCCAAGUCCUAUUAACCCGCCCAAAUCCACACGAGAAAAUGAGUUUGCAUCCACCUGCACCAAAAGCCCGCCGCGCGCAUCUGCCAACCAGUGCUGUUGCUACGCUGCUGGUAUGUCGACGGCGGCUGCGUACGCAGAAUGGCGGUGCAACUCCAGCACGUCAACGCUUACCAAGUCUAUCACUUGGCAUGGUACGGAGUACAAACUGUACAGCCCAUCCCGUCAUCUCCAAUACUUGCUCAGCUGCGGUGGGCUAUCGUGUCUUCGUGGUCGCGGAAUCUAUUCGUUCACUACCGCCGAUUCCACUACUGCGGUAGCCGCAGAUGCCCGACGCCGUGGAUGCCGCGCAUUCUUCAAAGUUCACUGCCAUCCAAGAGUUACCUAAGCCCAAGAAGAUGGAUGCGGAUUAACUUUUAGCAACUCUGAAUGGCUCCGUUGGCAUGUUCAGUUCGACCAAGCGUAUUGCAAGCCAUACCUGUCUUCGCCUUCCAAGUUCGCUCUUACUGCAGCCAGUCUGGAGAAACAGAGGACCCUGUCCUGUCGUCCAGGG